AUGCGAGUUUCAGCGAGGUGGCUCGCUCGACUGGUUGGUGGAGAGAUGACUGCGAGGCGAUAUACGCAGGGGGUUCGCUGUUCGACAGGAGAUGCUGUAGAUGGGCGCGUCCGAGGGCGGGACAAGAAGGGCAAGGCCAAGCAGAUGUCAGCCGAGGAUGCUGUUGGAUUGCAAGGGCAGAUGAGGCGGCCAGUGUCGUCGAUGUCGGGAUUGGCGUGGCGACCAACGGGUGUUGUGCGAACCGCAUCGAUGUGGAGUAAGCGCCGAUGCUUGGUAGAUGCGCGCUGGACAGGAUGGCUGCUAAGUCAUGGAGUGCAUACGUUUACGGGUGCGAUGAACGCAGCUCGCACAAGUUCAGCCCGUUCGUCGAGCGUUAGCAGCACCGGACCGUCUACGUCGCCAACCGCACCUGUUGCACCGGCGUCAUCAUCGCCGUACUCGCCCGCAACGCCCGCAUCGCUUGCUGGACUCGGAACAACCCAACUGUCUCCGGACAUCAUGCUGCGCUGCACCAUCUUUGACUCGACCGGAUCGGCUACUUCGACGUCUGGAGUGUUUAAGAAAUCGCGUCUCUGUUCGGAUCACGGUCUGGAACCGCGUGAUCUGCGAAAGAUCGACUCACGCGUGCCGAACCUGGUGCCCACCAUCCUGGUGCGAAGAGGAGGCAUCCUCGUCAAUAUCCUGCACAUUCGAGCUAUGAUCAAAAAGGACAAGGUCCUGCUAUUCGACAGUUACGGCAGCACAGACAGUCAGCUACACUCUGCAUUUGUGUACAAUCUGCAGCACAAUCUGCGUCCGCCACACCAGAAUGCGCAUCAGCACACCAGCACAUCGUCGAGUCCAGGAGCACUAGCGUACGAGUUCAGGGCAUUGGAGAGCAUCCUCGUGUCUGUGCUCGAUGCGUUGCGCAUCGAGUUGGGCGUCGUAAGGGGAUGGACGAGCGAGGUCUUGGAGCAGUUGGAUGACGAUGUGGAUCGCGAUAAGUUACGAACGCUGUUGCAGGUAUCGCGAAAGUUGAACGCGUUUCUGAGUCGGAGUAAGGCGGUCAAGAAUGCGGUAGUGGAGGUAUUGGAGAACGACGAGGAUAUGCAGUUGAUGCACCUAUCUAGUAUACCGCCGUCUGCGAGCACGGAUAAGGGGUGCGCAUCUUCGAACGAUGCGCAUACGAGCAGUGCCAAUACGUCGAGCUCUUGCGAUGCGACUGCGUCAAACGACGGCUCGCAAGCGAUGGACGAGCUGGAACUGCUACUGGAAUCGUUCGACAAGCAAGUGGAAGAAGUGGUCGCGGAAACGACACAACUGCACUCGGACAUGACCAACACGCAGGAAGUGGUCGAGUUGAUCCUCGACAACAACCGAAACAAGCUUCUGGCACUGGAUCUCAAGACGAGCAUUGCAACCAUGGGCAUUUCUGCGGGCACGCUGUGGGCCGGACUGUUCGGUAUGAACCUCAAGAGUCAUAUGGAAGAGCUAGACUGGGCGUUUGCCGGAGUGAGCGCGGUAGCGUUUGGAGCGGUGGUGCUGACUGCCGGCGUUGGAUUGCGCAGACUCGAAAGGUUGCGCAAGGUGGGCUUGGCCAUGAGGGGUAAGUUGGACGACAGGAAUAAGAGCAAGUGGAUGGACAAGUGGAGGCGCCGGUCCGUGUCGGGGGCGCCGGGGGCGCCGGUGCAUGGCGUGUAUUCGCAGCCUGCGUUGUACCAUGGAUUAGGUGUGUCGACGGGCUAUGCACAUAGCUAUCCCGCUUGGACCGCAGCGUCGUUGCCACCUGAACAGCAAGCUUCCUGGUAUGCCCACGCGCAUCCACCACCGCACUCGCGCCUGGCCGAUACGAGUACUUCUCAGCGUGAUGCAUCUGCGACCGCGCCUCCUAUCAGCGCUGCGAACCCCGCAGCCACCGCACCCACCACGCCCACCGCACUAGGCAUCGGCAUCGGCCUCGGCUCCAAAUGGAACCCAACGCGCUCCGCAAAACGCCGCGCGCACAAACCAUAG